CUAACAAUCAACGACCCGCUCAUUCUUUGUGUGAAGGCCGGUUAAAGAGAGGAAGACGGGCAGGAAAAGAUGCAGAUAUUCGUGAAAACCCUAACCGGUAAGACCAUAACUCUCGAGGUCGAGAGCAGCGACACCAUUGACAAUGUCAAAGCCAAGAUCCAAGACAAAGAAGGAAUCCCACCGGACCAACAACGUCUUAUCUUCGCCGGAAAACAGCUCGAAGAUGGCCGUACCUUGGCUGACUACAACAUCCAAAAAGAAUCAACUCUUCAUCUUGUUUUGAGGUUGAGAGGUGGAAUUAUUGAGCCUUCUUUAAUGGCUUUGGCUCGCAAAUACAACCAAGACAAAAUGAUUUGCCGCAAGUGUUAUGCUCGUCUGCAUCCACGAGCUGUGAACUGUCGGAAGAAGAAAUGCGGUCACAGCAAUCAGUUGAGGCCCAAGAAGAAGAUUAAGUAAACUAUGACUCUGGUUAUCUUUUCUGCCAUAAAAGAACUUGAAUAUCGGACUUGGAAAAAAUUUCAAUUUAGUUCUUUGCUGUUUUGUUUUGUUUGUUUAAAUCUGAUAUCUAGAUCUGGCAAUUGAUGAAGAAUUUGAGUGAAAUUGAGUUUCAAAUUGACGUUUAACUAUGUUAGGCA